GGCAAAGCCAAUAAAAAUGGACUACGAAUCAAGAAUUAAAGCUUACCGAUUCGUGGCCUAUUCCACGGUGUCUUUCUCAGUUAUUUCUCUAGUCUCUGUAUGUUUUACAUUGCCAAUGCUUCAAAGCUAUGUAUCAAAUGUGGCCUCAAAUAUGGAUAGAGAAUUGAAUUUGUGUCAGGGCACAGCAAAGGACAUUUGGUCAGAAGUUAACCAACUCAAAAGUAUUCCUGCUAGCGGCAAUCGUACAGCACGUCAAGCUGGUUAUGGUGGUGGUGAAGCACCAGUGACUGGAGGAUCUGCUUCUUCUGGCGGCGGCCAAUGCAGCGAUUGUUGUUCUGGAGGAGGACCAGGCCCAGCAGGUCCCCCCGGUCCACCGGGAAGGUCAGGAAACCCAGGAGCACCCGGAUCACCUGGACAGCCUGGAAAGUCUCAACAAGCACCUUGCCAACAAGUCACAACUCCACCAUGCAAACCUUGCCCAGGAGGCCAACCAGGCCAGCCAGGACCCCCCGGACCACCUGGCCAGCCGGGAGGCCCAGGACAACCUGGACAACCAGGAGGACAAGCCUCUCCCGGAGAACCUGGACCCGCAGGACCCCCUGGAUCGCCUGGAGCACCAGGUCAACCUGGCGGCCCUGGACAACCUGGAGCACCUGCACAAUCUCAAGAAGCUGGACCCGCACCUCCUGGUCCACCAGGAGACGCUGGAGCACCUGGACAACCUGGAAAUCCAGGUCCAGCUGGACAACCUGGAGGUCCUGGAGGACCUGGACCGAAAGGACCACCAGGCCCACCCGGCCAACCUGGAAACGAUGGAUCUCCUGGCCAGCCUGGACAGCCAGGACCAAACGGUGGAAGUGGAGAGAAAGGAAUCUGCCCCAAAUAUUGCGCAAUCGACGGUGGAGUCUUCUUCGAGGAUGGAACUCGACGACGUUAAACAUAUUCCGGCUAGAGGAAUUUAUCAGAAAUGUUGCCACUUUCAUCUACGUCAAAAACAUAGUUUUUAACAAACUGAUA